AUGGCUACUCAGAUUCGAGAUACUGCGUUCGGGCAGCUCGUGCGACGCCUGUCUAACAACAGAUGGCUUCGCUACCCAGACGAGGUUGACCCGACCCUGUGGGAAAAGCACUUGCGCGACAGGGAGUUCACCAGAGACGAGAAGCCCAACGGCACAGAUGCCUCGUCACCCAGACCAGAGAGAAGUAUCGCCGGCGAUGUCACCCGCUCGGUGGAAGACGGACAGGAUGUCUUCCUGGUAGACUGGUACGGGCCCGACGACCCAGAGAACCCCACGAACUGGCCCGAGGCCUGGAAGUUCCUGGUCGCGGCCCAGGUUUGCGUCCUCAACUUUGUCGUCUACAUCGCGAGCUCGCUCUACGUCCCCGGCGAGACAGGCUUUGAGUUAGAGUUUGGCGCCGGCCCGACCGCCGCCAUCCUGGGCCUCUCCCUCUUCAGCGUCGGCUACGGCCUCGGCCCCAUGCUGUGGUCGCCCAUGUCCGAGAUGCCCCAGCUCGGGCGCAGCGGCAUCUACGUCUGGACCCUGCUCGGCUUCGUCCUCCUGCAGCUGCCGACCGGCUUGGCCGUCGACGCCGCCAUGUUUCUCGCCUUCCGCGCCGUCAGCGGCUUCGUCGGGAGCCCCGCGCUGGCCACCGGCGGUGCCACCAUCACCGACGUCUACGGCCCGGCGCGUGCGGCCUUUGGCAUUUGCAUCUGGGCUUCGUUUGGUGUCUGCGGCCCCGUCUUUGGCCCGCUUAUCGGUGGGUUUGUGGCCCCCGCGAAGGGCUGGCGGUGGACGAUCUGGAUCUACACGUGGAUGUGUGCAAUGUGUCUGAUCCUCCUGUUCUUUCUCCUGCCCGAGACGAGCUCCGCCACCAUCUUGUACCGGAGGGCCAAGAGGCUGAGAAGGGGCACUGAUCGACAAUGCCCACCAUACGACAAGGACCACCUGCUGGUCCUCUCCCGGGCCUUCACGUUGACCUUCACCGAGCCUAUCGUCUUGGUCGUCGACCUGUACUCGGCUCUUCUCUACGGUGUGCUCUUCACCUGGUUUGAGUCCUUUCCCCUUGUAUUUGGCGACAUUUACCGCUUCGAGCCUGAGAUGCAGGGCUUGGUAUACCUGGGGCUCCUGGUGACCCUAAUGAUCGUCGUACCACUCUAUCUGCUGUGGGUGCAGCGGGUUCUGGUGCCCGCCAGCUCCAAGCCGGGCUUCAUCCCCGAGCACGUACUCCCUCCGACGUGGGCCGGUGCUGUUGCGCUCCCUGUCUGCCUGUUCUGGUAUGGCUGGACCGCUCGUGAGAGCAUCCACUGGAUCGUGCCGAUCAUCGGAUCUUCCCUCUUCACGAUCCCCUUGGUCACCUUUUUCAACGGCAUCCUCAACUACCUCGGGAUGUCUUACUCGGCAUAUGCGGCGUCGGUCUUCGCCGGAAAUGCGCUCUUCCGUGCCCUGUUUGGUGCGAUUUUUCCGCUGUUCGCGCGAUCGCUCUUCACCAAUCUCGGUGUCGGCCCCGGGAAUUCUCUACUCGGGGGUAUUGCGGUUCUGUUUCUACCGAUCAACUUCAUCUUGUACUUUUACGGGCCUCGGAUUCGAGCAAUGAGUCGGCAUGCUCGUCACGACGAGUGA